UAGCUGCUUCCCACAUCUCCACGUCUCACCAAAUCCGCGGAAGAGAAAAUGAAUAAACUCAUUCAGUACGAGUUUCGGACGGUUCUUACCGAUCUCCCGUUACCGUAGCAGGCGUUCAGCCCUGGCGAAGACGUUGCUCUAAGCUGUCAGAAUGUCCCAGCAGGUGCUAGUGACCGGUGGAGGAGGCUACAUAGGCAGUCACUGUGUGGUGGAGCUCAUUGAGGCAGGCUACCACCCGGUCGUAGUCGAUAACUUCAGCAACGCUGUUCAAGGGGAGUGCAACGUUCCGGAAAGUUUGCGGAGGAUAGAGACGUUCCUGGACACCAAGAUCGAGUUCCACAAACUUGACCUCCUGGACAGACCAGGGCUGGAGAAGCUCUUCGAGCAGCACUCUUUCUACGCUGUAAUGCACUUUGCCGGACUGAAAGCAGUGGGAGAGUCCGUGGAACAGCCGCUACGCUACUACCGGGUCAACCUGACGGGCACCAUCAACCUGCUGGAGGUGAUGCAGGCGUACAGGGUGCACAACCUGGUGUUCAGCAGCUCUGCUACGGUAUAUGGAGACCCCCAACACCUGCCCAUCGACGAGCAGCACCCAGCCGGGGGCUGCACCAACCCCUACGGGAAAACCAAGUUCUUCAUCGAGGAGAUGAUCCGCGACCAGUGCAAGGCAGAGAAGGACUGGAAUGCUGUGUUGCUUAGGUAUUUCAACCCCAUUGGUGCUCACAUCUCAGGACAAAUUGGAGAAGACCCACAGGGAAUUCCGAACAACCUUCUCCCGUAUGUUGCCCAGGUGGCUGUGGGAAGAAGGAAACUUCUCAACGUGUUUGGGAACGAUUACGACACGGUGGAUGGAACAGGAGUAAGAGAUUAUAUUCAUGUGGUGGAUCUGGCAAAGGGCCACAUUGCCGCCCUCAGGAAACUAAAGGAUAACUGUGGAUGCAAAGUGUAUAAUCUCGGCACAGGGACGGGAUACUCUGUGCUACAGAUGGUGAAUGCAAUGGAGAAGGUUUCUGGAAAAGAGAUUCCGUACAAGAUCGCCCCCCGGAGGAACGGAGACAUAGCGUCCUGCUAUGCAGACCCUCGCCUUGCAGAGACAGAGCUGGGCUGGAAGGCCAGUUUUGGCUUGGAGAGAAUGUGUGAAGACCUGUGGCGCUGGCAGUCCCAGAAUCCCACGGGGUUCAGUAACCGUACGGAGCAGUGACACGGAAACGGGAGUUACCAUGACGACGAAAUGGCGGCGGAAAGACCAAAACAAAGCCAUGAAAUCCUUCACUUUUAUAUACCUACGACUUGAUUAA